CGUGGACCCACACUUUAAUACAGUUUAGGGGAGUUUUCCAGAAUGAUCCACCUCGUGCAAAGGACGCUUUGGUGUGUACGUGGAGCGAUGAAGGCCUAAUCCCUGCAGCGUUUGGAACAUCGCAGCGAACCUGGAUUCGAAGAGAAUUUCAAGAGCUUGUUGGUUGUUUGAAGAAUGAACCUACCCGUGAAGUCUUGCUAGUGCUGGAUUCAUGGUAGUCAUUCUUAACCUACAAAGAAGCAUUUGCAGACUUCAUCUCGUGGGCACUGCUUGGCAACCUUUUGAGGAUGUGACACCAGCAGAAUAGGAAAGCAUUGCCCCUCUGCGCGUCCCUCCCCGUCCGCUAGAAUGUUUCUCAUGAACGCCCCUCCAGUGGUUGCUCUCCAGUCCAAAUGGGAGGCCUUUGGCCCACCGGGGAGCUUUAGGUUUCCCGGGUGCUUCUCGGAGUCGAAAGAGGGCGUCGAGAGAGCUUCCGUGAGUGCCAAAGUGCAGAUGAUCAUCAGCUCGCUGCAGCGCGACGAGGCUGCUCUGGGCAUGAACCAUGAGCGUGCGCCGCCGAGAAGCCAGAAGGCAGAGAGAUGCCGAGACGCCAGGCUGGCCACCAGUCCCACCGUGUGCAAAGAGCAGCCUCCGUUUGCUGCCUGUGGUCUUGCCGCUAAUUUUGACCCCAUGGGGGAGGAGGAAGCUGCAGGCUUUGGUCCCUUGGCCCUGGACUCGGACAGUGACGAUUCUGUGGACCGGGACAUCGAAGAGGCCAUCCAGGAGUAUCUGAAGGCGAAGAGCGGAGCCACACAGCCCGUGUCCGGCGGGGCCCAGCCUGGUGGGGCCACAGGUGGGGGCAGUAGAUGCAAACCAGAACCUGCUCACAGCAGCGCCCCAAUUGCCCUAUGUCCCCCAAAACUUGCACCUGGUUCGGGCGGUGUCCCUAGCAUCCUCAUGGGAGCCAACAAGGACCAAGGCUCUGCCUCCCCUGUUAGCGUGAGCAGCGACGACUCCUUUGAACAGAGCAUCAGAGCAGAAAUAGAGCAGUUUCUGAAUGAGAAAAGACAGCAUGAAACCCAAAAGUGUGACGGGUCUGUGGAUAAAAAACUAGAUCCAAAUGGAAAUUCAGCCAAAUCACCGUUUAAAUCCAGCAAAGAGCUGACCGUUAAGGGGGCACAUCGGCAGGAUCUGACAGGAGCCUGUAAGGAGUUUGUCUUCCGCAAACCUCCCAGGUUAGCCAAAGCGAACACGCAGCCCAGAAGCCUCAGGUCUAAGGUCGCGGCCGGGACAGAAAGCGUGGGCAGCACAAAGCCAGCAGCCCCCAAGGCAGCCGCCCCCUGCCGCCCUGCAGAAGCCGCACAGAGUAAAGGUGGGGUUAAGAGGAACGUUGGCGCCACGAGGCGGGGAAAGCGAGUCAGGAGCACGGCCCUGGUGCCCGAGGCAUCUGACUCCAGCAGCGACGAUGGCAUCGAGGCUGCCAUCCAGCUCUACCAGCUGGAGAAGACAAGGAAGGAGGCCGGUGGGGACCCGUCUCAGAGAGCCCAGCGCCAGGAGGAAAAGAGGCCCGACCCGCCCGUGGACAGCACAAGCAGCGCCACGAAAAGUGCCUUGCCCGACACCCACAGGAAAACACCAGGCAAGAAGAAGCCAGUGGCCACGAAGCCUACGGACCCCAGCCCGGGGGGCCUUGACACUGACCCUCCCUCCAAGCUACCGAAGGAAACCAAAGCUCCCCCCACAGUAAGCACAGCUUCCAGAAACGAGUUUGUGGAACGGUCCCUAUGCCGCGCAGACACGUCCGCUGAGCUGAUGUGCGCCGAAGCGAUCCUGGACAUUUCCAAGACGAUCCUGCCAGCCCCGGUGGAGGGCUGCGAUAGGUCACUGUCUGCGAGCCCACUCUUCUACUCCCACAAUGUGCCUUCCUGCUCUGGCGGCGACAGCAGCUCUGUGGACAGUGAUGACAGCAUAGAGCAGGAAAUCCGGACAUUUUUGGCCCUGAAAGCGCAGUCAGGGAACUUACUGGCCAGGGCCGAAAGCAGCCCUCAGGCUACACAGGGCCCACUGGAACCACCAGGCCCCAACAGCCAGACUGGUGGCCCAAGGGCCCCUGUCCCUAAAACACCAGACCUGUCGCUGAGCUGCAGAAGGAAACGUAGAGGUGGCGGCCACACUGUAAGGCCAUCCACACCCAAGAAGACGAGGGACGUGGUCAAAGAGGGCGGCCAGGAUGCUGACCACGGCGCAGGGAGAGCAGAGCCCAGCUACAGUGGACAAGACCUGCCCAGCCAAGGCAAAGCCGGGGAGGCCCCUGGGAGGGAGGGUGAGGCCACGACGCCCGGUGGUGCACAUGUGCCACAGGGCCACCGCAAGACAGUGGAGGCGAGGGGUGUGGAUGAAAAAGAGAGCUCUGAGGACAAGAGCAGCUCGCUGGACAGCGACGAGGACCUCGACACGGCCAUCAAGGACUUGUUAAGGUCCAAGCGAAAGCUUAAGAAGAGGUGCAAGGACCCCAGGGCUGCGUGCAAGAAGAAGGUCAGGUUCAGCACCACCGAGACGCAGUUCUUGGAUAAGCUAGGCGGGUUCCGGAGAGACUGGAAAGACAAAAACCCCCAAGUGCUGAAAAGUUGCCUCUCCAAGUCCAAGAGAGACAGCGGAGAGAGCCCUGUGAAGAAACCUCCAAGCGUCUUCAGCAGUGUGACAGAGAGAGCCAAGCCGGAGGGCGCCGGGGACCAGGAUGUGGCCCCCGCCUUCCGAUUAAGGAGAAAUGCCUCUGAGGGGAUUCUGCUCCAGGGUGAUCACCAGGGCCCAGCUCCCUGCCCCAGCUCCCCGUCUGAUGACAGCAGUUCCGUGGACAGCGACGAUAGCAUCGAACUGGAGAUCAGGAAGUUCUUGGCAGAAAAGGCCAAGGAGUCCGUGAGCAGUUCGGAAAUUCACGCAGAGGGCCCCGCCACUCUCGGCACGGGGGGCCCAGCCAGGCCAGAGGGGCCGUGCAGGAAGGAGCCGGCCCUGCAGCCGGGCGUGUGCACUCGGAGCCAGAGGGCCAAGGGGGCCCCCCAGCCGGCCCAAGGCCUGCGGGGCACAGAGAGAGCUGGAGCGCCGAGUGCAGCCGGCCUCUUCAGCCAGGGCGGGAAGGGCCCUGCUGCUCCGGCCAGAUGUGACCUGGUGCCGCCCAGAGGCACCGGUGGAAAUGUCUCUGCCAAGGGGUCUCCAGCGAGUAGGAGGAACGUCUACGUCCACAAAGACCAGAGCCCGCGCGGGGCAGAGCCUGCUGCUGCCGAAAGUGCUUUCGGUCAGCUGCCCAGCUGUGCCAAAGUGGGCACCGAGGCAGGAGGGGCCGGGGGGGCCUUUCAUGUGAGUUCCGGGAGCCGGAGCUUCCUGACUCCCAGCUUGGGAGCCGAAAGGGACACUCGACCCCAGGCUGACCUCACCCUCCCUUGGAGCGACUUUGCCCACCAGAGCAGGCUGCCCAACCCAUGGGCGCUGAACUCGGAAGGCAGAGAUUCGGCGUGGAGAGGGGUUCUGGGGAGUGAGAGAGAGAAGGGGCCCGAGGGCCCCCCCAGGGGCACCCCCACCCUGCCCUUUGCGGGCUUCUCCCCGCUGCUGUCCACCCAGCUUUUCCACUUCGGAAAGAGCGUGCCGUGGGGAGCCAAGCCCGCCGGCCUCUUCAGCCCCCACCCGGGGCUGCCUCUGCAGGGCCCAUCCUUCUCGGCCUUCAGGGAGGCCCAGGCCGGGCCCAGCCCCGUGUUCGGGAGCCCACACCUGCUGGUGAAGGACAGCGGGCCCUGGCCAUGCAGGAAGGCACAGGCGGGGCUCACUUCGAGCGACAGGAGGAGCUCGGGCCCGGAGGAAAGCAUUUUAGACCUGAGGUAUCGACGAAGGGACGGGGACGACCAGGACCAGGAGGCCCUGGGCAGUGACGCCAGCGACUUCAGCGACACCUCCAUGGAGGAUGGUGGUGGCCGCUCAGUAGUGAAGGGCAAAGCCCUCAAGUUGUGAGUAAACUUCCUGGGUUUUGUGGCAUUGGUGGAAAGCGUUGUAUACGUGGGUGUAUCGUGCGUGGGCUUAGGUGAUGCUCGGGGGUAAAGGCAGAGGAAACGGUGUCCGUUAUACGCAGCCCUGUAUAUAUGUACACUAACACGAAACGAUGUUUUUAUUUAACAGAUGUGUCCUGGUAAAUUUGAUUUUUGUAGCUUUUUGUAAAUUAUUUAAAGUGCUGUAAAAAAUAUUUUUGGAAAAUAUUGUCGUUGACUUUUGUAGGGCGUGCCUAACUGCAGUUUUCUGUGGUCUGCUUACAAGUCUUAGAUUAGCAAACGUUUGGUUCUUCCCGUCACAGCCAGGUUCAGAGAGACUCUGAGAGCGACGCUUGUUGGCUGGGAAGAUGUCUGGCUGUACCUGCA